AUGGUCCAGCCUGCGUCACACUCGGCUGUCGCUGCACCAAUGGUAGCUCCCAACCAGGCCUUUGGAUUAAUUGCUCAAAUCGCAGCUACUGCUGGUAGUGUAGCGAUCGGCUCCGUCGGUAACACCGUUGGACAUGCCCUCAUCGGAAUGUUCAGCGGUUCCGAUUCACAAGAGGCAGCCUCGCUAGGACAGGCUGCCCCGGUAUCGGGCGAGGCAAACACUCCGGCAGGACCAUGCACGUGGGAGAUCAAGUAA